UGCAACCCCUCCAGAUGGCUUGGACCUCAGCUCCCAGCAGCUGCAGCCGCAGCCGCUCGGAUGGCCAGUGCUCCAGCACGCUGCUUCCCGAGGCUUGAGGAGCGGGCCCAGGGCCUCAGGCUGCAACAUGUGAUAUGGCAGCGGCCAUGGAGACUGAGCUGCCAGGCCUCGAGAUCUUUGAGAAGGCGGAGCAGCAGAAGAAUGUGGCCCCCGAAGAGAAGGCCGUGCUGGAGCCGUUCUACGUGGAGAGGUACUCCUGGAGCCACCUGAAGAAGUUGCUGGUGGACACUCGGAAGCCCCACAGCUGCCUCAUGGCCAAGGCGCCUCAUGACUUCACCUUCGUGAAGCGGAACGACCCGGAGGGGCCCCACUCGCACCGGGUAUACUACCUUGCUAUGUCUGGUGAGAACCGGGAAAACACGCUUUUCUAUUCCGAAAUCCCCAAAUCCAUAAACAAGGCUGCGGUUCUUAUGCUAUCCUGGAAGCCUCUGCUGGAUCUUUUUCAGGCCAGCCUAGAUUAUGGAAUGUACUCCCGAGAGGAGGAAUUGUUGCGAGAGAGAAAGCGCAUCGGGACGAUUGGGAUCUCCUCUUACGAUUAUCACGAGGAAAGUGGCACGUUCUUGUUCCAGGCAGGCAGUGGGAUCUAUUACGUGAAUGAAGGGGGCCCCCACGGGUUCACGAAACAGCCUUUGCAGCCAAAUUUGGUGGAAACAAGUUGUCCAAACAUACGGAUGGAUCCCAAGCUGUGUCCGGCCGAUCCCAACUGGAUUGCCUUUAUCCAUAGCAAUGACAUCUGGAUCUCCAAUCUAGCAACCAAAGAAGAAAGGAGGUUGACCUUCGUACACAAAGAAUUCACCAACAUUGAAGAGGAUCCAAAAUCCGCUGGGGUUGCUACAUUCGUGCUCCAGGAGGAGUUCGACAGAUACACGGGCCACUGGUGGUGUCCGGAAGCAGAGACAACUGCCGAUGGAGGCAAAAUCCUUCGAAUUCUGUAUGAAGAGAAUGACGAGUCGGAGGUGGAAAUCAUUCACGUCACGUCCCCCCUGCUGGAGACGAGGAGGACAGAUUCCUUCCGGUACCCCAAAACAGGCACGGCAAACCCCAAAAUAACGUUCAAGUUGUCCGAAAUAAGGAUUGGUGCCGACGACAGAAUUGUAGAAGUUGUUGAUAAAGAGCUUGUGCAGCCCUUUGAAAUCCUGUUUGAAGGCGUGGAGUACAUUGCCAGGGCCGGAUGGACUCGGGAGGGGAAAUACGCUUGGGCCAUCCUGCUCGAUCGACCCCAAACACGGCUGCAGAUUGCGCUGCUCCCCCCUGCUCUGUUUAUCCCGGUGGAAGACGAUGCCAUGGAAAGGCAGAAACUAAUGGAAUCUGUGCCAGACUCUGUCACACCGUUGAUCAUUUAUGAGGAAACAACAGACAUCUGGAUAAACAUCCACGACAUCUUCCACGUUUUCCCCCAGACCUGCGAGGAUACGAUAGAGUUCAUCUUUGCCUCUGAGUGCAAAACGGGAUUCCGGCAUCUGUACAGAAUCUCAGCCCUUUUAAAGGAGAGCCGAUACAAGCGAUCGAGCGGCGCACUUCCUGCUCCAAGCGACUUUCUGUGUCCCAUCAAAGAGGAAGUGGCGAUUACUGAUGGGGAGUGGGAAGUCCUUGGCCGACACGGCUCCAAUAUCCGGGUGGAUGAAGCUAAAAAACUGGUAUAUUUUGAAGGUACAAAGGAUUCUCCCUUGGAGCAUCACUUGUACGUCACGAACUACGAGAGCCCCGGAGAAGUGAAGCGACUGACGGAUUGCAACUUCUCGCACGCUUGCUGCGUCAGUCAGAACUGCGACAUGGUCAUUUGUAAAUUCAGCAAUCAGCAGAACCCACACCAGGUGUCCCUCUACAAACUGAGCACUCCUGAUGACAACGUCAGCCACUCGUCGAAGGAAUUCUGGGCCACCAUUUUAGAUUCUGCAGGACCCCUCCCAGAUUAUGUGCCCCCCGAGAUCUUCUCUUUCGAGAGUUCCUCAGGAUUUCUUCUUUAUGGGAUGCUCUAUAAACCCCACAAUCUACAACCCGGGAAGAAAUACCCUACAGUGCUUUUCAUAUAUGGAGGCCCACAGGUGCAGCUUGUGAACAACCGGUUUAAGGGGGUGAAGUAUUUCCGCCUGAACACGCUGGCGUCCUUAGGUUACGUUGUCGUCGUGGUUGACAACCGGGGGUCCUGCCACCGGGGGCUGAAGUUUGAAGGUGCCUUUAAACAUAAGAUGGGGCAAAUUGAAAUAGCUGACCAAGUGGAAGGCCUGCAGUACUUGGCCUCUCGGUACGAGUUCAUUGAUUUAGACCGGGUUGGAAUUCACGGCUGGUCCUACGGAGGCUAUCUUUCCCUUACGGCAUUACUGCAGAGGCCAGAGAUUUUCAAGGUUGCCAUUGCUGGCGCGCCAGUCACACUCUGGCUCUUUUAUGACACGGGGUAUACCGAGCGCUACAUGGGAUGCCCGGACAAUAACGAGCAGGGAUAUUACCUCGGCUCGGUGGCUAUGCAAGCGGAUAAGUUUCCUUCUGAGCCCAACCGGCUGCUGCUGCUGCAUGGAUUCCUGGACGAAAAUGUUCACUUUGCGCACACUAGUGUCUUGCUGAGUUUCCUGGUGAGGGCUGGCAAGCCCUACGACUUGCAGGUCGGCGCUCUCCUCCACCUUCCCACCUUACUGACUAGAGAUCUAUCCGCAGGAGCGACACAGCAUCAGGGUCCCCGAGUCUGGAGAGCACUACGAACUUCACCUCUUGUAUUACCUCCAAGAAAACCUGGGAUCUCACAUGGCUGUCCUGAAGGCGCUGCACUGAAGGCCGGGGAGGGACUCUCGGCACGCCGGACGCCCAUGCCGUUGACCCAAGGGCGGAAACGCGGGACAGGACGUCCCCCUCCGGGGCCUGCCGGAGACCACCCCCCAUGCACACACGCAGCCUUGCUUUAUUAACAUGACUCUUUAUUUUUUAAAAGUCCACCUGGUGCCAUACAAGAAGACAACUGUACAGGGAAGGAGCCCUUUUAAGUGUAAAUAAUAAAGCCAGCGCCUGUGCUGCCCGGAA